UGUAAUGUAGUAUAAUGUGAAAUGGAGAAAAUUAGCUAAUGUAAUUAAUUCCAAAUGUAAUUUAAAUAUGAAAAUGAGUUUAUACGAUAGAAAAAAAGUGUUGAAUUGAUAAUUUUACUUCAUAGUUAAAUUUAUGCUUGUUUCAUAAAGUUCAGACGCUUCUGCUAAUCAAAAAAGGAGGAAAGAAAAAUGGCGGAACGCAAGGCGGUGAACAAGUACUACCCACCGGAAUGGACCCCGGCGAAGGGUUCCAUCAACAAGUUCCGAGGCACCCACGCCCUGAGAGAGAGAGCGAGAAAGCUGCACAUGGGCAUCCUCAUCAUAAGAUUCGAAAUGCCGUUCAAUAUCUGGUGCAACGGCUGUGAGAAUCACAUUGGCAUGGGAGUGCGUUACAAUGCGGAAAAAACCAAGGUGGGCAUGUACUACACGACCUCCAUCUACAAGUUCAGGAUGAAGUGCCACCUCUGCAGCAACCACUUUGAGAUACAAACUGACCCACAGAACUUAGAUUAUGUGAUCUUGGAUGGCGCCAGACGCCAAGAGAGACGCUGGGAUCCCACUCAAAAUGACCAAGUGGCUCCAGACGAAAAGGAAGUGAGUCGUCAGCUGUGCGUGGAUCCCAUGUUCCGUUUGGAACAUGGGGAGAAGGACAAGUCCAAGCAGAAGGAGCUCAUCCCCUCCCUGGGUCGACUGGAAGACCACCAAGAGCGUUGGAAAGAUGACUAUCUCCUCAACAAGAGACUCAGGGCGCAGUUCAGGGAAAAGAAAAAAGUCUCUGCUGCUUCGGACAAAAGAGAUGCAAGCUUGUUAAAGAAAUAUUCCUUGAGCAUUUCACUGCUUCCAGAAUCGCAAGAAGACCAGAGGCUGGCGGGAUUGCUGAAACUCACUUCUGUCGGAAGCUUAGAAGAAAAAAAGAAAGCAAGAGAAGAAGAGAUACUCUCAACUCCUAUCUUUCCAACACCCAAGGAAAAAAUAGCUCUGGCUACUUUCGUGAAGGAGACCAAGAUGAAAGAACUGUUGAAGCCUAUGUCCAAAAGUAAGCUUGGGAUUGUGACGAAACCCAGUUGCACAGACGAACAGAAAAGUACUGAAUGUUCUGAAAGCGAUAAAAAGGACCAACACACAAGGACGUCUUUGGUCGGACUCGAUUAUGAUUCUUCAAGCUCGAAUGAUUCUGGUUGAUAUCAAUUAAGAAUAUGUAAAUAGUUGUUGUUUGUUUUUUAAACUUA